AUAGCGUAUUUAUUCCAGCACGGACUGGUGAAACAUUUUAGUUCUUUGGCAGACGUUAGGAGCGAUCGUACACGGUAGGAAGGCGUGCCUGCAGGGAUUCAAAAGAACAAAAUCGUACAUCAAAUAGUGUGAUAGUUUAUCAGUUUUGUGCAUUUUGAGAACCUUGAUCACUACUAUUGUCAUACUUUCUUCUUCAAUCUUCGAGAACAAAUACACUAAAAUGUUGAACGGACGGACGAACGGCAACCUCCGUUGUGCGGUGCGAUCCCUUCCACCUCUCUCUCUGUUCCUGCGGUCGUGUGCCUGCUUACUGCUGCUUGGUCUGCUAACGUACAACUCGGUAGAGGGUCAGCGGUCACCGUGUCCUGACGUGUUUUCGUACUGGAUGGAUAAUAAUACCAAACAGCCCUUUGGCUAUGUGAAAUUACAAGGUCUACGCGCCAAUCAGGCGAUCACACUCCAGAUAGAUAUGAGGAUCGCUGCCAUCGUGCGAAAGAGCAACGUCGGAUCGAUCUCGUUGUACAAAUCCACCAGCCAAACUGUUCGCGACAUCAAGAAAAACAAACCGGCUUGGUAUCGCGUGAACUUCCCGUACAAAAAUAUCCUCCCGAGCGUAGUGGCCAUUCGCGUCAAUGGACGAACGAUCUGCGCUGGCCGUAGAGCCAGCAACACCGAAAGCUCCAUUAGCCUGCAGCACACGAUCUAUCCGUCGGUCUAGUUGUCCCCUAGCAGUAGAAGUAAUCCCCUGUGUUUGGGACAAUCCAACAGCAACCAUAAACGACAGUGGCCAGGCAUGUGAUCAAGAUGCCACAUAAUCCGAUUCCAAUAAAUGUAUGUUCAACCCCGAUCGCCGAUGCCCGGUGAUCGAAUUGUUAGUACAACUAUGCAUCGUAACAAAAAAUAAAGUCAAACGAUUUGCUUGCUCUAACAAGCGAAAGAAUGAAAACUGUUCUCAGUUCUAAUAAAUGUUUCAUCCGACCGAAUUCAUCGAUUUA